GCCAACGAAACUAUAAGUAAUCUUCUUUAUACUUGCCAAGUUCCUUUGAUUACUUGCUCAGCACCAUGAUCUUCCACCUUCUCUUGUUUUUGGUUCUUUAUGCAAUCACCAAGCAUUUCCUCGAUAAGAUUCGAAAUCUCCCACCAAGCCCAUUCCCUACCCUCCCCAUAAUAGGCCAUCUACACCUCCUCAACAAACCUCUCCAUCGUUCCCUCUCCAUCAUAUCUAAUCGUUACCGUCCCGUACUUCUCCUUCAAUUUGGCUGUCGUCGUGUCCUGCUUGUCUCCUCUCCAUCCGCCGUAGAAGAGUGUUUUACCAAGAAUGAUAUCGCCUUGGCCAACCGCCCACGCCUCCUUGCUGGCAAACACUUGGGCUAUAACUUCACCAGUCUCGCUUGGGCUCCUUAUGGUGAUCUUUGGCGCAAUCUUCGUAAACUAUCCUCCCUUGAAAUAUUAUCUUCUUAUCGUCUCCAGUUACUCUCUAGCAUACGAAGCGAUGAGGUGAAGAUAUUACUCCAUCGUUUGUUUAGGAACAAAGAUGAGAUGGUGGAUUUGAAAUCAGCCUUCUUUGAGCUGAUGCUAAACGUGAUGAUGAGGAUGAUAGCUGGAAAGAGGUAUUACGGUGAAAAUGUGGAAGAAGUGGAGGCAGCAACCAGAUUUCGGGAGAUCGUGAGGGAGACAAUCCAAAUGACCGGUACAUCAAAUAUAGGAGACUUUUUGCCCUUAUUAGCCAAGAUAGGAGGUACAGAGAAGAAGCUUCUUGAUUUGCAAAAGAAGAGAGAUGGAUUUAUACAAGGUUUGAUCGAAGAACAUCAAAAUAGAAUGACCACUUCACCCAUUGAGGAGAAAAAUAAGACGUUGAUUGAGGUGUUGCUAACACUGCAACAAUCAGAUCCUGAGUACUACACAGAUCAAACUAUCAAAAGCCUUAUUCUGGUUUUACUGGCAGCUGGAACUGAUACAACAGUUGCAACCCUGGAAUGGGCAAUGUCAGUUUUGGUGAAUAAUCCUGAUAUUUUGAAGAAAGCACAGAACGAAAUUGAUAUUGUCAUGGGACAUGAUCGUUUAAUUACCGAAUCUGAUACAUUAAAGAUUCCCUAUCUUCAAUGCAUCAUAAGUGAAGUCUUGCGUAUGUACCCAGCGGGUCCACUGGCGGUUCAUGAGUCAUCAGAGGAGUGCUCCAUAGGAGGCUACCGUGUACCAUCUGGCACCAUGAUGCUAGCGAACAUAUGGAGUAUACAUAAUGAUCCUCUAGUUUGGGACGAGCCCCAGAAAUUCAAACCAGAAAGAUUUGAAGGGUGUGAGGCAGUUGUGAGCGAUGGUUUCCGGUUGAUGCCUUUUGGGUCAGGAAGGAGGAGAUGUCCUGGAGAGGGCUUGGCGUUGCGCAUGGUUAGUUUGACCUUGGGUUCAAUCCUUCAAUGCUUUGAGUGGGAGAGAAUUGGCGAGGAAAUGGUGGACAUGACCGAGGGCGUUGGAAUCAUAAUGUCCAAGGCUCAACCCUUGCUGGUUAAAUGUAGACCACGUCGAUCUAUGGUGCACCUUCUUUCUCAAGUUUGAAUUACUCGAUCUGUUUCAAGUUUCAAGUUCGAAAAAUGCUCUGGCCAUAACUUUAGUAUCAAAAUAAAAUUUGUGGGACAUAGAGUAGGCCUGUGCAAUCGGUCGGUUCGGUUCCGAACCGAACCGAACCGAAAAAACCGAAAACCGAAGUGUUAAAAUUUCAAAAACCGAAA